AUGAGCAACUCUAGCUCAGACAAAUCAUAUUUGCCCUCGCCGAUCGGAGGGGGCGGACAAUCGUCGUAUCUAAACAAAGAUGUUCGGCAGCCAUCUGCUCUGCACCCUGCUGAUCGGUCUUCUGCAUCAGCUAGCGGGCCAAGCACCGAAAGCAGCAAUGUACUGCCCACAUCUUCGUCCUCGUCAUCAGACAAUGGUGUCUUUAUCAAAGGAACCAACCCACCGCGUCCACCGCAUCCACCGCCGCCAUUAGCAACAACACAACCGCCGAUAAAGCGCGACGGGACGACAAGCCCCAAAGAGCGGCCUGUGUUGCGGCUAGCCAUGCUCAGUGCCCAGCAGCGUGCCGAAGCACACAAUAACGGAGAGCAGUACCCGCCACGGCACCAGUCAGCUGGGCCGUGCAUUCAACCCGACUUCGAAAAGCAGUCCCGCUCGGACUCGGACUCCGACUACGGUGCAAUGUCUGGCCCCGAGGACAAUAUGGAGAAACUAUUGGAGAAGCACUCAAACAACGCUCUGCGUCCGCCGACGGACAAUAUUGCUGCCAAUAACGCCGAUAUCACGAACACUCCGGACUUUUACCCCAUCAACCCAUCGACGCAGAACCCUGGCGUCAUCCACGUCAGCAUGAGCGGCCACCAUGCGGCGCAGAACAUCGUCGACUCGUUUCUCGGCACAAUGGGCAAGUCAACCCAUGAACACCAGAAGAAAACCGCCCAAAGCAAGGAUGCUGCCGGCGCCACUGGCACAGACGAUGCCACGCCGGCCGACUUGGAGGCAGGCCUUGGCCGGCCAGUGCCCACACGAACCAGCAGUCUCGGGCCAACGCCGACAUCUCUGCGAGGCGUCUACGCCAACCUGACCAAGCUGCAAGGUCGUAUGGUCGAAUACCAGAAGAAGCGCGACCAGCGGGUGCAUGAGGCCGAGCGCAGAGAACAAAAGCGCCAGUCCGAGGAAGAAGAGCGGAAAAAGCGCAUCGAUGAGCGCCGUCGCAGGGACUGCUCCCCGCACAACGACGACCGGCUCAAGCGGCGCGCGCUGGAUAAACUCGCAGGCAUCAGAAACAUGGCAUACAGCACUCAGGUCAGAUCAAGGACAGUAUCGCCCUCGCCGGUUUCAAUGAGCGCAAUCGGCAGUGGCAGCGACCAUGAAGGCAGUGGAAGCGAGCCGCCGCGGAACUCGUUUGUUCUGCAGAGUUUCCGCACGAUGCCGCGCCCCGAAUCCAUCAGACAUAUGGUGGACGAGAUUGGCGACAAGCACGCCACUAUGCCCAGUACCAUCACCAGUAUCGGCCAUCGACGCCUGGUGUCGCCACGUAUACGACAACACAAUGAACUCGUUCGAAUCCGAGCGGCAAAAAAUCCUUGCGCAGCUGGCCGAUAUCUUCAACCGGCAGAACUUAUUGCUGCUGAUCAGCCGCGCGCUCAUGGCCUUUGGCGCGCCGCUGCACCGGCUCGAGUCCAACCUGAUUGCUACCGCGCUGCACUUGGACAUUCAGGCUACCUUUGCCGUGCUGCCGGGAAUCAUCCUGAUCUCAUUUGGCAACGGCGACACGCGCACGUCGAGACAUACAUUGUGCGCACAUCGGCUGGCUACGACAUGCACAGACUCGAGCGCACAAACCGUACGAUUCGCAGGGUGCUCAAAGGCCGCAUUUCCGUUGGCCAGGGGGUUAAAAACAUCGAGCGCAUUUUGGCCACGCCGCCAAUCUACCCCUGGUGGGUGAUGGUCAUGAACUAUGUUCUCUGCUCCGCCGCUAUCUGCCCGCUGUUCUGGAACGGCAGCUGGCGCGAUGCCAGCGUCGCCGCCAUGCUCGGACUAAUUGUCAGCUUGCUGCAGCUGAUGACCGGCCGCUUCUCGAAUUACGCCAACCUGUUUGAAGUGUCGUCGGCGUUUAUCGUCAGUUUCAUCGCUGCGCUGAUGCAGGACUACAUCUGCUUUGCCACCGUGUCCUUUGCUGGAGUUGCCCUGCUGCUGCCCGGGCUCGCUGUGACAACAUCUAUCAUUGAGAUGGUCUCGCGCAACAUGAUAACUGGCACAGUGCGCUUCGUCUUCGCCAUGGCGCGCUGCUUCAUCCUGGGCUACGGUAUUUCGGUCGGCUCCACGCUGGGCACCCAGGUGCUCGGCCGCUCGACGACCGUCAAUCUGCUGGCAGACCAGAUGAGCUCGUCAACCGGCAUGGGCAACUGCAGCAGCGGGCUGAGUAAGUUCUGGUGGUUUCUCUUGCUUCCCCUGCUCAGCAUCUCGUUCACCAUUAGCAUUUCGGGACAUUGGCGCCAGUGGCCGUCGAUGAUGUUUGCCGGCUGCAUGGCCUACACCGUCUCGUAUUUUUCAGGCAUGAGCACUGCGCUCGCACCCUUGGCGCCCGCCAUUGCUGCCUUUGCGAUGGGUCUUUAUGCCAACGGCAUGGCCUCGUUCUCGAACCAUCGCUCAGCGGUCGAGCCCAUCCUCGGCGGCAUCUUGCUGCUGGUUCCCGGGUCGCUGGGAUUGCGUACCGUCCUGGCGUUCAUCACGUCCAGCGGAACCAACUCGGGCAACUUCUUGUACAACAUGUUUGCCACGAGCCUGAGCAUCGCCACGGGCCUGUUCCUCAGCGGCAUGGUCGUCUUCCCACAACGCAAGAAGCGCGUUGGCCUAAUGACAUUCUGA